GGUGGAAGCGUGGCAACUCUGUAAAAACAACAAAUACAAUGCUUCCAUAAACAAAACAUAGUUUUUUAGCAAGACCCAUUCCAGGACCAAAAAACAAAAGACAUAAGGACAAUAUGCGGAAGACGUGGGUGAAGAGGGAAAACAUUUACUACAAACCAUUUUACAAGCAGAAGUCGAAGAUGUUCCUGCUGCUCAUCUUUCUGGUGGGGAUCUCCUUCAUCGCCUACCAGGCCUUCUCGCUGAACCAGUUGCCUGGAGUGCCAACUCCCUGGAAUCUGCAGCAACUGCGAAAAAAGCACCAACAGAUGAUCCAGUCGCUGGGUAAGAAGGAGCGCGAUGCGGACGAGUUUGAUGGCGGAGGAGGCGGUGGCGCCGGUGGCGUAGCAGCUGUCCCGAUCACAGGUCAAAAGGAUGAGGAUGCCAUCAAGAUUGUGCGGGGCACCCGUCUCUUUGACUACGAUGCUUAUAAGCCAAAUUUCGAGGGAAAGUUCCGGUGCCUGGACGGCUCCAAGGAGAUCCCAUUUGAUCACCUAAACGACAACUACUGUGACUGCGAGGGCGAUGGCAGCGACGAGCCAAGCACGAACGCCUGCGCGAAGGGCAAGUUCUACUGUCGUUACCAGAAACGGCAUUUUACGGGCCGGGGCCUGGACGUCUACGUGGCCAGUAGUCGUGUGAACGACCAUGUAUGCGACUGCUGUGAUGGAAGCGACGAGUGGACGACUGAUGUUAAAUGCCAAAAUGACUGCGCGUAGCGUCCCCUAACCCCUAACCCAAAUCCCUGUCCCCCUCCCUUAAAUCCACCUUUGCACCCAGGACACAAUCUCAAGGAUGAAGCUGUCUGGCGCAUCACAAGCGAUAUUUUUUGUACGAGUACAAUAGAUUGUAAUUUAUUUUAAAGUAAGUAGAUUGAAUAAAAAAAAAGAGUGAAUCCCAGAAGUACGAGGAAGAUCCUGUUUAUAAAAAAUGUCCCAAAAAGUAAUAAUAAACAUUUUAAUGCUUAA